AUGUCAUCCGUCUUCCACAUCAAGGAGCACGUCCUCAACGCCGCACACGUUCGCGAGACUCCCCGCUCCCUCUCCCGCUCCCAAGACGACGUCCUCAAGCUGGCCGUCAAGGAGUACAUCCCAAAGGACAACCCGAACCCCCAGCCCGGCGACGUCACAAUCAUCGGCGCCCACGCCAACGGCUUCCCCAAGGAACUCUACGAAGCCCUAUGGGAAGACCUCCACGCCGAGUCCCUCAAACCAACCUCGACAUUCCGCAUCCGCUCCGUCAUCAUCGCAGACGCAGCCUGGCAGGGCGCCUCCUCGACCCUGAAUGAGCCCCUCCUCGGUAACGACCCGGGCUGGUUCGACCACCCGCGCGACCUCCUCUACGCCAUAAACACCCUCCGCCCGCCCCGGCCCCUCAUCGGCGUCGGCCACUCCUUUGGCGGCAACUCCAUCGUCAACGUCGCCCUCGCCCACCCGCGCCUCUUCUCCGGCAUCGUCCUCCUCGACCCCGUCAUCUCAAAGUGGUCCUCCAACGCAAAGGGCUCCAUCGCCGAUUCCCCCGCCGCCGCCAGCGCCCGCCGCAGGGACCUCUGGCCCUCCCGCGAAGAGGCCCGGAAAUCCUUUCUCAAGAGCCCGUUUUACCGCGCCUGGGAUAAGCGCGUAUUCGACGCCUGGGUCGAGCACGGCCUCCGCAAUCUGCCCACGCAGCUCUACCCCUCCACCUCCUCCACUGACAGCAGCGGGACGCCCAUCACAAAGGACAGCGUAACCCUGACAACCUCCAAGCACCAGGAAGUCUUCACCUACUUCCGCCCAAGCUGGCACGCCUACGACGCAAGGGGCCAAUACCUCGUCCGCCCAGACCUCGUCCCGGACCUCGACCCGGCUCUCAACGAAAUCUACUACACCUACCCCGUCUACCGCUCCGAGGGCGCGAGCACCUUGGUGCGCCUGCCGCACCUCCGCCCAGGUUGUCUCUACGUGUUUGGCGGCGACAGCGACCUGACCACCCCGGAGCUCAUUGAAGAAAAGCUGCGGUUGACCGGCACCGGCGUCGGCGGCAGCGGCGGCGCGCCAAAGGGAAAAGUCAAACAGAUUACGCUCGAGGGGGGCGGGCACUUGUUCCCCAUGGAGGUGCCCGGUAAGAGCGCAAAGUUGACGGCCGAGUGGAUCGAAAAGUCGCUGGGCGAGUGGCGGGCGGCGCAGGACGAGUAUGAAAGGUGGACGAGGUUGAGCGUCGAGGAGAAGACGACGCUGACGGACGAGUGGCUUAAGAGGAUUGGGGCGUUGGCGCGGCCGCCCAAGGCCAAGAUGUAG